UAAGGGACAUGUAGUUCGCAUAAAUGAACUACAAAUUUUAAAAUCUUUACAUUUUUAGAUCUUAUCAAGACAUUUAUUUAUCUUAAUAUGGCUUUGCAUAGCAUGGGAAAUUCAGGAACGAAUCUGUCUUAGUAACGACAGCUAUCCGUAGCUCAUUCAUCGUAUUGGAAAUUUACUUCCGGCCCCGGCGAUGACGUAGGGACACACCUAUGUAUUCUAUUGGCUAGUAAUCGUGACACAGGCAGGCCGCGGAUUGGACAGAUUCCCAGCGAGCCGGUCGCAGCGCAGGAAGGCGGGGUUUAUUAAAAUACCGGUGGGAGAAAGAUAACGCCCACUUGGAGACGGCAUGGUUUCCAUCCUCUUCCUUGUCAGCAAGGGUUCAUGAGAGUAAUUAUUGAUCAUUAAUACUGUUAAAUGAUAAAAUGCAGAAACAUUAUAAUGGGAUUUGUGGUAUUUCAGCGGCGCAGCACUGAAACAAGGUUGCUGGUGCUGUCUUGAUUGCUGGAUUAUUGCUAGCCACAACACUUUACAUCACCAAAUCGGUUUAUGCAUGACGCAUUUUCUGAAAGUUGUAAUCACCGAGUGAUCCACAACGCGAUCUGGUAACGAUGUUUUCCCCGUCGCGGUGAAUUGUGGGCAGGCCUCGGUCCUCCCCGGCUUUAAUCUCACUCUAUACUGUAACCCGGGUAGGGAAAAUGGCUGCUCCGGUAGCUCCAGCGGGUCUUCCUCCGGGUUUAUGUCCGAGCUUUGCCGUCGUGUGCUCGUUUUUAGAGCGAUACGGUGCUGCUCUGGAUCUGCCCGAAAUGACUUUCCCGCAGAUGGAGGGAUACUUGCAGGAUACAUCAUCAGUUCCACAGCCUCUUGUUGAGCUCCAUGUCAAGUUACUUCGCAAACUUGGCAAGUCAGUGACGUCAGACAGAUGGGAGAAGUAUCUUGUUAAGGUGUGUCAGGAGUUCAACAGUACCUGGGCCUGGGAGCUGGAGAGGAAAGGAUACCCAGAAAUGUCCAUGGAGUGCAAGACCGACAUCCUUAAGUAUUUGUGUGAAAGCCAGUUUGAUGACAACCUCAAAUUUAAGACGGCAGUGAACGAGGAAGACCCAGAACAGAUGCGCCUACAGCCAAUCGGCAGAGAUAAGGAGGGGCUCCUGUACUGGUUCCAACUGGACCAAGACCAGAACGUGCGGCUCUACGUGGAGGAGCAGGACGAUCUGGAUGGGUCGUCUUGGAGGUGCAUUGUCAGGAAUAGGAAUGAGUUAGCAGACAUUUUGGAGCUCCUUAAAGCUAAGAUAGAACCAGCAGUGACAGAUGAGGAGCGACACGAUGGUACUUCUGGCAGCCCAGGAGACGAGAAAAGCUGUGGAGGUGAACUUAAAGUCAUGAACAAGGCUGCUAAGGUGGAGUGUGCAUCCGAAGAAGAAAGCAAGCCAAUUACCUUGAGCAAUGUAAAUGUAAAUUCUGACAAAUCUCUCAAAGAAGAAAGUCAGACAGUGUGUGAAAUUAAAAAAAAAGGAUCUGCUGGGCCACUUAAACUAGAACAAGAGCGAAAGGAAGAGCUUGAGCUGAAAGCGGUUGGCACCGAAACACCCAAAUUGGACCAGACUCCUGUUAUAGACAACAGAGUGAGCACAAUUAAGAGCCUCAUCAAGGACGAGCCAAGGGAUUCACCUCGACACUGGAACGCCAUCUCGGUCGUCAUGGCGCCUGGCUCCAUCAAACAGGAACUUCCAGCAAAGACAGAUUCCUAUAAGGACAAGAAAGAGAGAACGGCAGAAGAUUUCGAGAGGGCCAUGAAAAGUGACCAGCAGGCUAAGAUACCACUGAAAAAGAGGGAGCUGAAAAGAAGCGAUGGCUAUGACAACAGUCAUUACAGCCACAUAAACAAUAACAAUAACAGCAAUGGCAGUGUUUCUGUGGGUGGCAUAAUUGUACGCAACCCAGCAGCAAUGGAGCACACUGGAGAAAAGAAAAUGGCACCACCUCCGGUUCUUAUAGAAAACUCACAGGUACAAAGCAGCGAAUGUGUCCCUGACAGGGUCAUACCUCCGAAUAAAAGAGAACAGUAUGUAGGUUUUGGUGUGAUUAUGGGCCCAAUUGAGAGAAAGCAAACAUUUCCUGCGCCCGAUGGCUCAGGAAAUCCCGCAAAGGAUAGAAACGGACUGCAUGAGGAUCGUGAUGUGAAGAGCUUUAAGACUGAGGUGACACAUCCUGAGAACAUAAGGCAGUCAGUUCUAGUUAGAAAGCCAAGUAUUUCCCAGGCCACUCAUCAUUCGAGCAUGAGUGAAGAGAUGACACUCAGAGUUGAGCAUGCAGAGAGUGACACCAAAGUAAAGGCUCUUGGAGCAGAUGCUAAGGAGCGAGCUGCGUUAUUGUUAGCUUUACCAGCAGAUGGCGAAAAGGAGUAUAGUGACGGGAAGUCGGUUAUUAGGUCUAGCACUGAGCAGGAAACAGUAGCAAAGCUGGAAGAGGCGGGUAGUGCAGAAGAGCUGGCUGGAAGUAGGAAGGCUAAAGCGACAACACUCCCCGAUGGAGGAACAGGUGAUAUGACAGAGCGUGUUAAAGCUGCAGAAGAAAAUGACAGCAAAGGAUUUAAAAGUUCCAGAAAAAAGCGCUCUGAUAAAGCCAAGUUCAAGUCGCAAUCCGGGGAGGAUCGGAAUAAACUCGGUGAGGAGGAAGUGUCCUCUGAGCUUCAGAAGGAGGGGAUUCGUCUCAAGAUCAAGAUCCCGCUGCAUAGACGAACCCCUGAGCUCCGCAGGUCGGCCAGAAUCUGCAAACCCAGUCCCAAGCUGGCAGAGAUUCAGGAGCGGAAACACACGGCGCCCUCUGCAGCACGGGAGGUGGAAGAGCACAUAGAUCAGGAAGAGGAGAGAGCGCUUCACAAGAGGGACCUGCACAAGAAAAUCACCUCAGAUGGACAAAUCAAAUCUACUAAGGGGAAACGACGACACAGACGGCCUCGUUGGUCGAAACCUUCAAAAACUCGCAAAACUGAAGUCACUCUAGGCGGAGACGCAGUAUGUGAGAGCAAGUCUGAGAGAGAUGACGAGAAAAGUGAGUUGGAUUCACAGCAUUCAGAGGAAGCUCCACCUGAAGAUGCCUGUAAACACUGCGGCCUCCCAAACCACCCUGAACUGAUUCUUCUCUGUGACCGGUGCGACAGUGGCUACCACACGGCAUGCCUGCGACCUCCUCUGAUGAUCAUUCCUGAUGGAGAGUGGUUCUGCCCUCCGUGUCAGCAUAAGCUGCUGUGUGAUAGGCUGGAGGAACAGCUGCAGAACCUGGACACGGCUCUGAAGAAACGGGAAAGAGCUGAGAGGAGGCGUGAGCGCCUGGUCUAUGUGGGAAUCAGUGUGGAGAACAUCAUACCCAAUCCAGAUGCUGAUGCAGAGGACGGAAAACAAGAGAAGAAAAAAGGUGCAAAGAAGUGUAAGAACCUGGAGAGGAGAUCGACACGAAAGAGAAAGUCCAUUAGUUACAGGUUUGAUGACUUUGACGAAGCGAUCGAUGAAGCAAUAGAGGAAGACGUACAGAAUUCAGAUGGAGGAGAUGUGGGUCUUGAUAAGGAUAUGGCCGCUAUCACAGACCAGGAAGAGAAAGAGGGAGCCAAAGAGAUCCGACAGCCUGUGAAAACUCCUGCUCCACGCAAGAGGAAACGCCGCCGGAGACUUAAUGAUUUAGACAGCGAAAGCACUCUGGAUGAGGAGGAGAGCGAGGAUGAGUUUCAGCUCAGUGACAGUAUGGAGGAGGAUGAUUUUGUGGUGUCGGGAGAUGAUGGAGGCAGCGAUGCUGAAGCUGCAUCCUGGGAUGGGAGUGAGAGAGGCAGCAUCUCCAGCAGUGGAGACCGUCUGCCUCCAACCAGGAGAACAGCCAGGAACGGUCAAGCACAGAAAACCAAGAGGAGGACACGCAGAUCAGUGCGACGCCACCGAGGCUCUUCGGAGGAGGAAGAGGAGGAAGAGGAGGAGGAAGAGGAGGAAGAGAUGGACACAGAGGGCUCCAGUGAGGUCAGUGACAGUGAUGUGAAUAUGAGCAGAAGGAGGUCACGGCGCAGUCAGAAAGCCCAGAUCAACUACUGCGAGACGUCCGAGUCUGAGGGAUCGCAGAAAGCCUCCGAACGGAAAACUAACCAAGCACCACGUCGCCGCCGAAUCUCCAGCUCUAACACAUCUGUUAUUUCUAAGGACUCAGAGCCUGAGGAGGAGCCUGACUCGAGGGGCAGACACCGAGGCAGAAAGAGACAGUCCACGAGGGAAGACUCCAAACAGAGGCACAAACAGCUCAAACUAAAACCAGCAAGAAGUACAAGCGAUGAAGAGGAGGAAUCAGACGAGGAAGGAGACGCUGUGGCAUCCGAUGAGGAAAAGAGGCCACUGCGUAAAAGCCUGAACCGUAUCGAAUCGGAUGAGGAAGAAGAGGACGGGCUAGAGAAAAGACAGAUGAGAAAGAUGGCUGGAAAGCAGGCCAGCGGAGUUACAGACUGCAGGGAGCUGAGUGUGAGGGCACACACUAGAGGCUCGAAGGACUCGAUGCUGAAGCACAACGGCCUGCUUCCUCCAAGAUCUUCAGCUCAGGAUGAAGACGAGGAGGAGGAAGAGGAGGACGAGGAGGAUGACCUCACCACCGCUACGGACUUUGUUAACUUUGUUUUUGACAGCGAACAGUUAUCGUGAUGUGCUGAAGAAAUUUCAUAUAUUAUUUUCUCAUUGCCUUUUUUUGAGUGUUUCUGAGUGUACUGGACCAAUCCAAGCUUCCAGAGGAAUUUUCACGUGAUGUCUAAACACACUUUAGUUACAUACAUCAUGCACAUGUCAGAUGUAGAGCAGGGUCUCGAUGCACAUCCUGAUUUUUAUGAGUGAAAGGUGUAAAAUUCGAAAGUUACAUUUGAUCAACCAGUCGCAAACUUGAUCACAUGACAGUUUUCUGUAACGUUUGCUGCCUUGUUAGUGGACCUGGCUCGUGAUUUUAAUUCUGCAGUGUAAUUAGCAAGAGACUGGAAUGUCUGGGAAUUUAUGGCACUCGUUUCCUGAGCUGAAAACGAAUGUUAAAAAAAAAAAAAAAAAAAUUCUAAAUGUAUGGAUAUUGUAAACUAAUAUAGAGUCAAGACACUAAGGUUCUAUUUCACAUUUAUGUUUCCCUUUUCAAGAAGCUUCAAAAACAGAAUGAAAACUGAACAUACAACAUCUUGAUCUGGUCUGGAUUUUACUCUUGAGGUAAGGGCAAGGACGCCGUAGUGGUCUUCCAUGUCAAGCCGGUCCACUAGUGAUUGUAACUUUGGCUCUUUUUCAGUGAGUCAGAUCUUUUAGCUCAGCUCAUCAAUUAGAGUCGACUCUUUCGGUUCCCAAACGGCUCUUUGCCAUUUUUUUCCCCAAAAACAGGCAAAGUUUGAUAUAUUGACCAGUGUUUGCUCUCUUUAUGGUUAAAAUUGUUUCUUACCAUUCAACAAAAUAACAUUUCCAUGCACUGCACUAUGUUAUUCAAAAUGAAUUUAAAUAAUUGUUACUAAUCAAUUACGAUUGGUAAUUAACACCUGACUACAUCCAGAACAUCUUCAAUGAACAGCAGUGCAGCAGAUCCCUCCUGUCUUGCUCAUCAUACACACAGCUGAGAGUCAAACACACGUCACACUUAUGACAGCUCAGAUGUUGAAAAGUGGUUUCCAUGGAAGCAUUUUGAUUCAAAUACCUUGCCAGAGUAAAAGCAUGCCUACAUCGAUGAAAUAAAAUGGCUCAUAUAUGCGUACAUGGAUGCGAAUCGGCUCCUCUUCGCCUAAAGUUCACAAAUGACACAUUACUGUGGUCCACUCUGAUACAUACUUGCAGAGAUCACACACAUCACUACGUUGCUUACAUGAAGGUGAUUUGGUAUUACACAAAUAUCUUGCUUAUGGGCUAGAUUGAAAAAUGAACUACAUUUUGUAAUAAUGACAAAAAUGAAGAACUAUGUGGCUAAAGCUAGCUAACUAGGAAUAGUUUACUAUUAUAUAAGAAUGUGUUGAAGGAGUGUGUUAUAUAAUGAAUAAAACAUUUUGGGACAUACUGUUCUAGGCAAAUAAUCAACAAUGGGUUUAUGUGAUGUGGCCUGUAGCAAAGCAGAGUUGCUCUUACUACCCCCAAAGGUGAAGUGUUUUAUCCCUCUUAUACCACAGCAAUUUGUCAAUUUUCAGUUUCUUUAAAAAAAAAAAAAAGGCACUUCAUACUUUUAUCCAUUUAGAGUUACAUUCAAUGUUGUGGACCAUACAUGGUACAAGUUAGUUCCUGUUAUCACUUACAAUAUGGCAGCUAUACAAAGUCGUUCCCUCUGCUGCCUCGUUUUUUCUCUGUCUUAAAGUUCGUAAGAUGGAAAAUGCAGUUUGUCAUGUUACAGAGAAAUCAAAAUGCACUGAAGACUGUCCCAUGGUGGAACAUUUACAGACUGUUACAAAGUUUAGAUUUUAAGCUUAGGUUUAGAUAACGUGAGUGUCCGUCAUGCAAGUCCCUGUGAAUGAGCUGUUACUAUAGAAACAAUACCGUAUUAGAGUGAGCAUAUUAAUACUAACCUGCGAUUUGAAUUACGGACAGCAGUACUGUCAGAACUGCAGUUAUGGAAAAUUAAUCAACACCGUUUAACCAAUCAGAAUUGAGAAUUCGAUGGCACUGUGGUAUAGCUAAGCAUAAAUAGCUAGAUAAUAGCACAAUAAUGGAGGCUAUUGUCAUCGUAAUAGUUAAACAUAAAUAGCUAAAUAGCUAGUUAGCUUGGUAAUAACUACUAUAACUAUAAACAUAGGUGUAUUGUAAAAUUGGGUAUUGAAUAAUUUUUUGUUGCUUCAGGAUGCUACUACUGCAUUAGCUUAAACUACGUAAGUUGUCUUAACACCAUGUCUUGACACCAUAGCUUUGAUAAAUUGUUUUGAUGAUGUCGACGGGAGCGCCACAGUCACCGUGCUUGUUUAUAAUUACGCAGUAAAAUAGUUUACCUAACGUUAGCUAGUUUGCUAGCAUAUUGGCGAACUACCUAAUGUCAGACGUCGAACUACUGCUAGCGAAGUAACGUUCAUGUUAUCGAAGCCGACUAGUUAGCUAGCUAAUGUUAGUACAGUGCUUUAUUUUGAUAUCUGUACUAUUAUAUUGUGUACCUAAAAUCAGUUUCUAUGCUAAGCACUACAUUAAGCCAAAUAAAUAUAUUUUAAAAAAAAAAGGAUAGAGGUGAUGUCUUAUGAUCAAGUUUGCACUGAUCAAAUCCAGUCCUUAUUGACUCAGGGAAAAUCAGGAUGUGUGUUUCAGUAAUCCAUGUACACUAUAGCUGUUCUUCAGAAAGUAAAGCACUGUAAUUUGUAAGGCCAGUAACGUGUCAUCUGUCUAACACAAGCUUAUGUCAGCCUGUAGAGACACUGUACAUUUUCUGCUUGUAUGCUAGCACCUUUUAAAUCGGUGGUUUAGUAAUGUUUUCAGUUUUAUCCUCUGUUUAAAAAAAAAAAAAAAAAAAAAAAAGUUUUUUAUAUGAGAAGGAGAUUCUGUGGGAAUCUGUUUGAAACCGUUUUGCUAAUCUUGAAUAACAAUCCUCGAUGCCAGCCUGUGUUUAAUUAAUACAUUUGUUCAAGGAGAAUCUUAACCCGACCGUAUUGACGUCUUGAGGUGUUUUGCCAUCAGAAAAGAAAUAAAAGUGCCACAAAAUAUCCAGGCACGGAAUUUAGUCAAAGCAAAUUAGCAGCUUUUAUGGAAAUGACAUAAACUUACAUACAGUAUAUAGCUACUUUAUGAAAGUAAUGUGUCUUAUUACUAUCCUAGAUCUCAUUUCUGAUGUUUGUUCAUUUAAAGUUGUGUAUAUUUUGAAUUGUUUCCCCAAAUUUUGUCGGUUAUAGUGCAUCUACAAAGGUAACCUAAGGUAGUUAAAUCUGUCUAUGCUGUUUUUUUGUUCUCUUUGAGUUCUUUUUUUAAUACUGUAUGUGAUAAAUUGUAUGUGCCUGUUGACUUGCCCUUAGGCUGAAGUAAAUCUUCUUGACUGAAUGCACUUAUCAAAGCACCUUUGAUUGUACCAGAUGGCCCAGCUCAGCACUAGACGGUUUCGACUCUCGUUCGAAAGCACUUUAAACAAUGCCCUCUUCUUGCUCCUUGCUCCUUCCUCCCCAUUCAUUCAAAACUGUGCUGUGCACUCUACUUGGUUAUUUGAAAUACAACACUACCAAAUCAUUCCAGGUACACACCACAUGAACCAAGUCUGGAGUCCCGGUCAAUGUGGCCUUUGUCUGCUGUAAAGUUAUUCAACUGGAAUGAGUGUUACUUAUAUUUUACUGUUCUAAUGUUCAGCCGCAGUACAUAACAAAUCCAAAACCUAAAUAAACGUGAUAAGCGUA